AUGCCGGCAAAGAGGAGGUUCGCUGGUAUCCCUCGGCGCGACAUCGGAUGGGCCAUCAAAAAAUCAGCAUUAUAUCAGGAGGUGCCAAAGCCGCAGCAUCUCCAUGAGGUGAGCGUCGUGCGUUUUGCCGCCGCGUGCCGCCGCUGCGCCGACUGGCUCCCGGUUCGAAUCGCCCUUCGCGGAGCGAACGCGGCGAACGAGCGCACGCUAGCCUUCGAUGUUAUGAAACGAACGCGACAACGCUGGCUCACAGUCGCACGCAUGGAUUCAAAGCAGCAUUUCAGCGUCUGGCUGCUCGUGCCGGAGCCGCAACGCGCGACGGUGGUCGCGGCGAUGAAGGCGGCGGCCGACACGCACGGCCUCGCGACCUCGGAGCCGCACAUCACGCUGCUCGGCGACGCCGGCGCUGGGACGGAGGCGGAGAUGACCGCGAAGCUCGCGGCGCUGGCCGGCAUCGGCGCGGUGCCGUGCAUUUUCGCAAAAUCGGGCGCCGUGACCGCCGGCAUCGGCGCCGACGGCACCGUGCCGUGGAACCAGAGCGCCGUCGCCGUGCCGGCGCCGACGCCCGAGCUCAGCCGCGCGCAUCGCACCGCGCGCCAAGCCUUCCGCGGCGAGUCGGUGGAGGCCGUCACGUUGGAAGGGUGGGCGCCGCCGAUCCGCCAGCCGCACCUCUCGCUCGCGUACGGCAACCCGCCCGAACUGGUCGCGACGCUCGACACGCCGCCCGACUACGUCGCCGACACCGCCGCCGUCUUUUCGUGCACGCCGCCGACGUUGGCUGGAGUGCCGAAUUGGAGAGAGGUGGCGCGAACUUCGCUCGUUGCAAAGGGCACGAGUCUCUAA